UGGAGACAGAUGAUUAGCCUAUAUUGCUAUUUAAAUUGGUUAAUCCUUCCAUCCAUUCAAAUGUUCGUUUUCUGCUGCUCAUCCAGGCCCAUAGUUUAAUGAUUAAUUAAUGAUAUUAUUUGGAAUUGUUGGGAGGGAGUGACAAAUAUGAGAUAUAAAUGUCAAUAAAUGAAUGAACUUUGUAAAUAAUUCCAUACCGUUCAUACUCAAAUCAGUAUGAUCAUGGAACAGGUAUUAAAGUAAAUUCUAUAUGGUAUUAAAAUGGCUUGGAAUACUCGUCAAAACCCGAAAGUCGUAUAAAAUGUCAAUACUCAAGUAAAGAAUCUCACGUGUACUUAAGUACGACACUUUUUAGAAACGCCAAAAACUCAAUGUCCCACAAAGAGUCUGUCCAUCUGCGCAGACUCAGUGGCACAGAAUACUUGCCCCAUUCCCUCCUCCCAACUUUAAUGCUAGCUAAGAUGGUGGUUUGAGCGUAAAUUGUCUCCACAAUACCAAGAAAAGAAAGGGGCAAAAACAUCUUUAUAGCCUUUUAAUUACAACAGACCAACACACUUACGGUUUCUUAAGUGACCGUUUAUAGAAAUUUUGACAUUUCAGAUACAUUGGCUUGCAGUCUCCGCCCAAUCUGCUGUGACUCCCUCGGAGUGGAAUCUAAGCUAAAUACGGACAGGCCCUGUGCUCUGUGACCAGCUUUAACACUCACCCUCGCCACGCCAUAGGAUGUCCCACAGCCCUGAAAUGAAGGACGACCCCAUGGAGUGCCCUCUGUGCAUGGAGCCGCUGGAGAUUGAUGACGUCAACUUCUUCCCCUGCACCUGUGGCUACCAGAUCUGCCGCUUCUGUUGGCAUCGCAUCCGCACAGACGAGAACGGCCUCUGCCCCGCCUGCAGAAAGCCGUACCCAGAGGACCCGGCUGUGUACAAGCCUCUGUCACAGGAGGAGAUCCAAAGGAUAAAAAAUGAAAAGAAGCAGAAACAGAACGAGAAGAAGCAGAAGGUGACAGAAAACCGCAAGCAUCUGGCCAGUGUCAGAGUGGUCCAGAGAAAUCUGGUGUUUGUGGUGGGGCUCUCACAGCGACUCGCCGACCCGGAGGUCCUAAAACGACCAGAGUAUUUUGGGAGGUUUGGGAAAAUCCAUAAAGUGGUAAUCAACAAUAGCACAUCUUACGCAGGUUCACAGGGGCCUAGUGCCAGCGCUUAUGUCACUUACAUCCGCUCUGAAGAUGCUCUAAGAGCAAUACAGUGUGUGAACAAUGUGGUUGUUGAUGGCAGAACACUCAAGGCUUCUUUAGGCACAACAAAGUACUGCAGUUACUUCCUUAAAAGUAUGCAGUGUCCCAAACCUGAUUGUAUGUAUCUACAUGAGCUGGGGGAUGAAGCAGCUAGCUUUACUAAAGAGGAGAUGCAGGCGGGAAAACAUCAAGAGUACGAGCAGAAACUCCUCCAAGACCUCUAUAAAAUUAAUCCUAGCUUUCUACAACCUCCAGCAUGUGGUACAGAGAAGUCAAAGAGUAAAUCCAACUCCACACAGAGAACCAACAAUAGCAAUGGUAAAGAUGGGUGGCCGACGCUGUCAGGGCAUAACAAACUGGCCAACGGGCUUUCAGAGGACCGCAAGUCCCCUCCGCUGCUAGACUAUCUAGACCAAGAAGUUAUUACUUCAGAUGGGCUUGAUACAGAGCUGGGUCCUGGUCAGCGCACCGCCCUGUCCCCUUUCUCCUCAAAUUGUGACAGUAACAGUCCUAGUGACAAACCUCCAGAAUCAAUUGGUAUAGUGAAUGGAGAGACUUUACAACAGAUACCCACCAGUGACUCCCCCUCCCCUCCCCCGGGUUUAACUAAGCCCAGUCUGGUGGUGCCCAUCAGUGUGUCAGACCUCACAGCCCGUUCGCCCUUUGAGGGUGCGGCAGCUGAGUCCCAGUCGCUCUUUUCAGACAACAGUAACUUCAGACAUCCUAACCCUCUCCCUGCUGGCCUGCCCCCCUUCCCCAGCUCACCCCGCGGCAGUUCAGACUGGCCCAUGACCCCUGAACCACAGAGCCUCUUCACAUCAGACACAAUACCAGUGUCUUCCUCCACAGAUUGGCAGGCGGCCUUUGGCUUCGGCUCAUCCAGCAAACAGCAGGACGACGACCUGGGCUUCGAUCCUUUCGACGUCACCCGCAAGGCUUUGGCUGACCUGAUAGAGAAGGAGCUGUCGGUGCAGGAUCAGAGUCCCUCGUCCCCAGGGCCCCUUCCCCUGGGCAGCAAUCAUGGUCCCAGUCUGCCACCCCCCAACCCAAGCGCCGCCUCUCACCACUUCCCCAGUGGCCUACCACGACUCCCCCAGCUCCACCACAGAGCCAUCUACAGCUCCUUCAGUUUCCCCGGCAGUCAGAACAGCCAGGCCAGUCAGCAGCAGCCAGCCGCCAGACACCCCUGGAUGGGCGUCCCCACACGAAAUAACCUCACACACUUGAACCACUCAGCCAGUGCUGCCUCACACAGUAACUUCCUGGACCUGAAUCUGCCCCCUCAGCAUAACACAGGGCUGGGAGGGAUCCCCAUCUCAGAAAACAGUGGCUCUAUAGACGGCUUAAAUGUGAAAGAGUGGCAGGACGGCCUGAGAGCUCUCCUGCCCAACAUCAAUAUCAACUUCGGGGGUCUCCCAAACUCCUCUUCCUCUUCAUCCUCCUCAUCCUCCAACAGUGUUAACCACAUUGGUGGGCCAGCGGGGCCCGCAGGCAUUUCACACAGCCUGAGCUGGGACGGCACAGCCAGUUGGAUGGACCCUGCUAUCAUCACAGGCAUCCCGGCCUCAGCAGGCAGCAGUUUAGACUGUCUCCAGGACGACAACCCACCACACUGGCUCAAGUCCCUGCAGGCACUCACAGAGAUGGACGGCCCGGCGAGUUCAGCAGUGCCCACUCCCCAGCCCCUCCACAGCGGCCUCCUCGACGCCCACCUCCCCCUCCACCACAGAGCUGCCGGCUGGGCUCCCUACCUGCCCCCUCCCACAGCCAACCCCGCCAGCCAGUUCCACUCCCCUCCCCCAGGCUUCCAGACCGCCUUCAGACCCCCGGGACAGCCCGCCACAGAGCUGCUACAGAGUGCCGCUGUGGACCGCCACUGAACACAGACUACAGCAGACACCCAUCCAUUCCCCCACUAUCACUUUAUACCCACUCAUCCUGUACCCUGCUCCCCCUCCCCCCAAUGCAAUACACACCAAUCUGCAGAGUAUGAAAAAUUAUUAACAAAGUAACAAACAUGCUUUCUUCUUUUUCUCUUCCUCCUUCCUUUUUGUCUACUCUGAAGGCCUAUUUGUUUUUGUUUUUGUUUGUGGCACACGAGUUAUCAGUACCCUUUGUCUGCUACCAUCACCACUCCUUAGACCUAGUUCUGGGCGUAACAUGGGGAUUCAUUGUGUCGCUUGCUAUUUAUGGAGAGCACAAGAAACAGUAAAGCAUUGAGCGCCCAGUGGUGGCACAAGAGUUCACAAACUCCACAAACUGGCGAUGAAACAAAUUAGCUGAAGUGAGGUCUUUUUUAAAAGUAACUAAUGAGUAAGCAUGAACAACAUUUGUGUUUUUUGAAAGUUGAAGUCGCGAUUAGUUUUUGAGGAAUGAAGCAAGCUGUGAAUCUGCUCUUUGAAGCUUUGCCCCAAAGACCCUCAUUCUCCCCACUUUAACAGGAGACUGUGAAACGGUUAACUCUUACAGCUGAGUUGUGAAUAAGACGAGGUGAGAGAGAGAAAGAAAAAGGGGUUGGCAUUUAGCUUUUUUGAGAGUGGUUUUUAAAAAAAAAAAUGCAAAAAAAGUUAAAAAAAGCAGCUGAGAUUUGGUGAGUAGAGAGUGAAUGCAGAUGACACAGGGGAGUUGAGGGCACAGGCUAUGCAUGGGCUCCCUGUUAGGUAGGGACACAAAUGGUCUGCUUGAGAGGCCACUUGGCCCACAUUCCCUUUAGUGGAGGGCUCCCACUGGCCCCGUCCUGCUGGAGGGAAAAUUUUGCUGAACCUCUGUAUCAGAGGAUAGAGCACUGCCUAACCGCAGGGAGCCAGGGCUUUGGGAGAUCGUGGCACUCAUCCUGUGCACUAGGGUUAGACUCUUACUCAAAGUGCCACUGUGUGGUACCCACAGUAGCUAGCCCUAACAUGGACAGCCACCAAGUAGACAGGACAAUGACUAAAUGAACGAGGAAACGUCAAAAAUACUAAUGAGGGUAGCAAAAGGGUUAACAGGUCCCUUUGUUUGACCCACGAGGGCUUAAACGAGGCCUUAAAAUGGACAGAUGAGAGAAAGGAGCUCGAGUGAUUGGAAGGGGAGCCUUGCGUUAACGAUUGCUGAAAAAUAUGCAAUAUUGUAUUUGACUUCGGCAACUGUAUGUGAGUGUGUGUCACAAAGGAAGGUGCUGCAAGACAAUACCAAGUACUGUAGUAGUGAUUUAAGGAGCUCUCAGCCUUUAGGAUUUGAGAUCGACCUCUCCGACCACCGCCUUUUUUCUUUUUGAAGUCUUAAUUCUGAUCCGUGUUUGCUCUGUCUCUCUCUUUCUCUCUCUCUCUCUCUUAUCACCCCCCACCCCACCCCCAACCUCCCUCCCUCCUGCUGUUCUCUAUUUAACAGUAUUCACAAAAAUGAACAAACUCAUCCAGGAGAAACCAACACAGAGUCAUACAAUGGGUUUUAACAUGAUGUUGCGAGGAAAAAAAAACAAAUUGAGGCGCUUAAAAGGAAGUGAACUGUCCUCUGCAGGUCUGGAAAAAUGAACCUUAAAUAAAACUGAAGUCAGA